AACCAUUUAGAGUUCUUAAAAUUAUCUCCAUCGGUCAUGCCAUCGUUGAAUUAUAGCAAGAGCUAUGCAUAGGUAUAUGAAAAUAUCACCGAAUUAAUCCACAUUCUUUACCCCUAAGUCUCACUUUCCGGCGCAGUUGGUUGCCCUGAGAUCAGCAAGGUUACACAGCUGAAUUGGGGUAAACUCCAGUCCUCAUCAAAUUUAGCGGUCUCCAUUGCUUUCAGCUGACAAAGUACAAGUACCCUAUUUUAUCGUAACACAAACCACCAUUUAUCUCCUAGAAAGGUAUAUAUCCGCAUGAGUUGGCGUUCUUUUUUCUUUUCUCGUAAACCAUCGUAUUGUCUCAGCCAGUUAAAUUUAUCACUUAUCACCCAUCCACCUUUAUCCUGUAUUAACUUUACUUCUGAAGCCACCUUAUUUUCUUGGUAUCGAGAAGAUCAAAUCACGAGAUAGCCUUACACAAAGACAAGAAAACAUGUCAAUGACACCAGGCCAAUACUGGGAUCUACUAGAACGAAACGAGCCUCCAAUCAAGCGCAGAGCCAAUCAUGCCAAGGUGCGGACGGGAUGUACCACAUGCAAAGUGAGGCGCGUGAAGUGUGACGAGAAGAAGCCAUGCUGCAGCCGCUGUGAAAGGUCGGGGUACACGUGCGCCGGCUAUGAAGAACCUGGCCCGAAGCGUAGUAGCAAAAGCCCUACUACGUCAUCUACUUCCAGAAACUCUGCGAGACUUGUAGAUGUCGCAAGAUUACGGCCAAAGUCCCUUCAGCCACGGGUACUUGACGCGAUGCAGCAGUUCCCCGUUGGUUUUCUAUUACCCACAUCACUCACGCCGGCUUAUCUGGAGGGCCGUGAUGUCCCGUUUUUCGAUCAGUUCCGGUCUCGCAUCAUGAUAGAUAUAUCUACCUGGUGCGGGGCGGACUACUGGAAAUGCAUGCUUUCUGAGGUGAUGCAUGACGAGUGCAUACGGCAUGCUGCGUUAGCAUUAUCUGCUAUGUUGCAGGCGGUUGAACGGUGUAUGGAUCCACCUAAAGCAUCGGCUAGCUCAAUAGCACAAUGCAAAGAAGGGCAAUUGGCGCUUCAUCACUAUAUGAAGGCAAUAUCCUUAUGUCGGAAGCAAUUAAUAGGUGGCAUCACCAACGACACCGUUCGCUCCAAUCUAACAUCAACCUUCUUUUUCGCCAUGAUCGAAAUAUUACAAGGGAACAUGGCUACAGUGGAGCAAAUUAUGGCCAACGGCGCGAUGCUAAUACGCGACGCGAUAAAAGCGAAGACUCCAAGCGGGCUUCCCGCAGUAACCCAAGACCAGCAAUUUACGCACAUAAAAGAAGGCUUCGACAAAGUGACCAUCAUGUGGAAAUUAUCUCCUUUCUGUCACGGGCAGAGAGAUAUAUUCUAUACGAAUUUAGAGAAUUCUUAUAGAAAUGUGGAGGCACCAACCAUGGAUACGCCCAUGCCGGAAGUUCGGAGGCGUUGGACUAUGUUUAAUAAUGAACUGGGUCUUUUCAUGAUGAGCGUUCGAUGCGGGAAAAUCGUCCCUCUAGAAUAUAUGGAGGUGGUGAGCGCGCAAAAGUCUACGUUCUUGGCGCAACUCCGCCAGUGGAUUCCAGUAAUAGACAGCAUGCUAGAGAGAGAGAAGAACAGGCCGGAAUUUUACUCAUUAACUAUUAUGAAAGCGUCGGCUUUGAGCGGGAAUAUAUUUUUAUCAUGUUUCCAGGAUAGGACCGACGUUUCAUACGACCUACAUCAUCAGGGCUUCGUCGAAAUCAUUCAACUUUGUCAGAGAUUUGUGCCUGAUAAGCCACCAAAACAUCUUUCUCUCACCCUCGACGUAGACGUCUUCCCGGUGGUCAGCUUUGCUCUAUCCAAAUGCCGCGAUCAGAAGACGCGACAACUAGCAUUGAAGAUCUUCCGCGAGAUGACGUACCGACAGGUCUUUUGGAAUAACGAAGGAAUGCUGAAGUCGCUGCAGGCUUUGAUUGACUUGGAACAGAAGGGAAGAGAUAAGAGAGGAUUUAUUCCCCCAUCUUCGCGGUAUUACUUCGUGGGUUCUGAAUGGAACUUUGAAAGCCGUGAGUUGAUGGCGAUGUUCGUCCCUGUAAAUUCGGUCCCCACUGAGUACGGAGAUUUGCCUACGGUGCGAGUACCUAUAAGCUUUUAAUAUAAACGAACCGAUUAAGGGAAAUUCUAGAGACGUGGGUAGCAUGCGACUGAGCCAUGAGCGGGCUCGCAUAUAAAGACUAACAAGAAUGGCUUAAAUGGCAUUGCAUGUGGUACUAAACAAACUUGAUCUAUGGAACAUAAU